GAAGGGGAUGGUAUGGCGGGGUGGGGAAAAAAAAAAAUCCAUUGAAUAACCGAGCUAUUCUUUAGUUUUCUUCCUCGCUUUAUUAAGUUCCUGCACUUUAGAAUUGGUGUCGAGAACCUUAUCGUUUGUUGUUUAGUUGGAGGUUGCAACUAGUGGUGGAGUGCGCGAGCUUUUCUGUUGGAUCACCCAAUGUUCCAUUCCCAGAAUCUCCGCGUUCCAAACGGUUGUUGUCCUGGAGCCCGCGCUCGGGCUAAAACCCUACUUAUUCCCCUAAGACAUCCCUAACCCCUCCCCCUUCCCUGGGGAAAGAGCGAGUGACACCGUGCACCGCCCAUCCAUUUCAACACUGCAGCCUGCCAAAAUAUCCAGUCACUUUACUUCCUCGGUGUUUGAUUGCGUUUAAUGCAUUCAGCUUCUUAUCCUUGCCGCCGUUCGAAAAAGUUAUCACUCCCGAAUGAUCAGCUGAGAUGUGACUGGUUUAAAAAAAAAGUCACCCUUCUGUCAUAGGCAUCGGGACACAGAAGUGACCUUUUCUUUUUACAUGGGUGCACGCGUUUCCUGUAUCAAGUAACGGUCCAGUUACUUCAGCUGUCCUCUUAAAGGGAGGUACAAGCCCUUUGCAGAAGCGAAAGUUGAGUUUAUAAUUGAUUGCACGUUUCGUGUUCUCGUCAGUUCUCACUAACGUUUGAAUAUUGUACACAACCGUGUGGCCUUUUGAAAAUGAAGGCACCACGUUUCAGAAAAGAGGCAGCUGUGUUUUCCUUUUUCUUUUGUUUGUUUGCCGUGUGUCAAACGUUUCCAACUCCGGCCGACCGAGAUAGUUUGAUAAAACUGGAACAGUUCCAAUUUACAGGCGGUAAUCUCCUCUCGACUGAAAAAGAACUGCAGGUUAAUUAUAUACUUAAGAGAAUCAAAGGAAAGGAGAUAAUGGAAGGAAUGAAAACUGGUAAAUUUGCCCCAGCCAUGCACUUUUUCAGAGCAAAAGAAUUAAUUGAACAAAGUCCAGUUUUUAAAAUUAUACAGAUGAUGCCCAAAGGUGCUGGUUUACAUCUCCAUGAAUAUGCCUUAUUGAAUGUGGACUGGCUUGUGAAGAAUGCCACUUAUCUACCUAAUUGUUACAUUUGUUUCACACCUGUUGGAGGCGUCCGGUUUCAUUAUUUCCACAGAAACCAACAGAAAGAGAUGGUGAAUUGCUCAGAAUGGGUUUUGCUUGAGCAAUACAGAAAUCAAAUUCAAAAUGUCACAGAAUUUGAUAACAGUCUAAUGAGAAAUCUUACAUUGAUAACGGAAAAUCCAGAAGAAGCCUACCAAUCGCAAAACAUCAUUUGGCACAGAUUUUCUGAUGCAUUUGCUGCUGCUAGCAGCCUCAUUUCAUAUGCCCCAGUAUUUAAAACCUACUUCUAUGAAGCUUUGAAGGAAUUCUGUCAUGAUAACGUACAAUACAUAGAGAUACGAGCAUUGCUGCUACCGGUCUACGAACUUGAUGGAACCUUACAUAACAAGAAUUGGUCUAUUAUGGCUUACCAGGAGGUUGCAAGACAAUUCAAAAAUGAUAAUCCUGACUUCAUGGGAACUAAAGUGAUUUUUUCUGUACAUAGAAAAUUGAAUAAUGCGGAAAUGAAGAUUGCAGUGUAUGAGGCCAUGGAACUUUACAAUAAAUUCCCAGAGACUAUGGCAGGCUUUGAUAUGGUUGGCCAUGAGGAUGCUGGGCACCCGCUAUGGUAUUUCAAGAACGAGCUAUCAAUUCCAGCAAAACUCGGAGUUAAGCUGCCAUACUUCUUUCAUGCGGGGGAAACUGGUAAGAUACGCAAUAAUUUUUUUUAAAAAAUCUAUCAAAAUGUCUUCCAAUUUAAUAGGUUACUGUUAUACCAUGUUUUAGCCAUUUUUAUAUUGAAUUGUAGUUUGUACUCAGUUUGUGCCCUUGCAGGUUACUACCCACCAUGGGUCUUCACUGUCUGGAAGUUGAACCAGUCAUUGUAUAGCUUUCUGGCAACGGGAAUACCUGUUCUCUGUUAUGGACUUUCAUCCAGAAAAGCUCACCCACUUGAAAUGGGAAGAUACGAAUGACAAGUGUCUUUGCCAUUUAAAUAUGGAUUUUACAGAGAAGUUUCAUUUACAAUAUGAACAAAAAGCCUGGAAAAAUUUAGGUCAGGCAGCAUCUGUAGAGAGAAACA